AUGAGAGUCAAUGCAGGUGCAGAAGAUUUGAAUGUUUUUUUUUUUCCCAACCCUCAAUUAGUUGCUGAUGUAGAGAAGGAGGAAAAAGAUAAUGAAGAUCAAUGCAAUCCACGUGUCAAACAAGGUACACCCAGUGACGAUGAACUGGAAUAUCUUGCCUCAAAGCUUGGUGAUCUUUGGAAAAAGCUUGGGCGCCGCUUGAAAAUCCCAGAACCAAAGCUUGAUGAUCUGAACAAAUUAAACGAGGCUCUCUCUGAAAAGGGAUAUAAAAUGCUCAUGCAUUGGAAGGAGGUAAACGGGUCAGCCGCAACGUACGAAAUUUUGGGUCAUGCCUUACUGGAUAGGCUUGUGAAUCGACGAGAUUUAGCGGAGGAAUUUUGCUAUGAGAAACAAUAACCGAAAAAUGUGCCCCUAACGUCAGAUUGUAUAUUUUGUAUGUACUAAUUCUUAUAUUAAUUUAAUCUUAAUUUUGUGAGUAUCUGAUUUCUGAUUUUUGGGGUUUUCGUAUCAGGCGGCGACACAAAAGCGUUUUAGCCCGAGAGGUGAUGACUAGUUUUUUACUAUUCUGUGCAGCUUUGUCGGACGGUAUUAAGUUCUCGGGAUCCUAGUUCGAGCCGCACACCCACUCUUGUGUAUGAGUCGUGAAUUUAAAUAGGAACAGUACAUUUCUUAAAGUCACCGAAACAGAUCGGCAUAGUAUCCAUAUCCACAUUCUGAGAAACUUUUUCUACCUUCCGUGACACGGACUCACUGCUAGAAUCGACACUAAUUGUCGCACUUACUGUCGAUGAUUCCAACUUAGGACCUAAUAUUGCUGAUACUUUAGUCUGGACCUUUUCAUUAGCUUUCUCAUACUUCAUCAAAGCAUCCGAUCUAUCCUGAAUUAGCUUCCUGUCAAC